AUGGCAGCUGAGAAAGCGCACCCUCGGACCAAGAAGGAUCCUCCCGCUCAGAAGGACCAGCAGCCUAAGAGGAAAAGAGAAGCUGCGAGCUCCUCCGGACCUCAGAAGACUCCUGGACCUAAAGACAAAGCGGUGGAACUGAAGGGUAUCCCGGGGGAUAUUCUAGAAGAAAGAAGGAAAGCAGAAGUAUGCUUGAAG